UUUACCCAGACAUCGGAGCGAUCCCGGCAGCUCUUCCAGCUGAACCCGACCACCGGUGAAAUACGAGUCGCGGGCAAGCUGGAUUUUGAGGAAGCAAAAUCCCACACUAUGGUGGUGAAAGCCACGGACGGUGCGGGGCUAUCUGCGCAUUGCAAAGUGCAGGUGGAGGUCCUGGACGUGAAUGACAACACCCCGGAGAUAGCGCUCACCUCCCUCAGCGCCUCCAUUCCCGAGGACGCCCCGCCACGCACCGUGGUGGCUCUGUUCAGCGUGCGGGACCGGGACGCCGGGGACAACGGCAGGACGGAGUGCUCCAUCGAUGGAGACUUGCCAUUCAGUCUCACCCCCACUUUUGAUAAUUAUUACGAACUGAGAACAAACGCGGCUCUGGACAGGGAAAGGACGGCGGAGUAUAACAUCACCAUCACAGCCACGGACUGGGGCAGGAAGCGGCUGAGCUCUCAGGAAAGCAUCUUCGUGCAGAUAUCUGAUGUGAACGACAACCCCCCAGAGUUCACCCAGGAGAUUUACACCAUGUAUGUCACGGAGAACAACAGCCCCAUGCUCCGGAUCGGCAGCAUGAAGGCCACGGACGCCGACGCAGGAAUAAAUGCCCGUGUGAACUACGCACUGGUGCGGCAGGAGGGCAAAGAGCAGCCCGAAGUGUCAGUCAGCGCGGAAAACGGGGAUGUUUAUAUCCUCCGCCCGCUGGACUACGAGAAGGUGCGCUCCUUCGAGGUGAGAGUGCGCGCAGCCGACGGCGGCUCCCCGCCGCUCAGCGCCCAGGCCGUGCUGCGCAUCGUCGUGCGGGACGAGAACGAUAACGCGCCCGUGCUGCUGCACCCGGCCCCCGACAGCAGCGCGGCCGGAGAGCUGGUGCCGCGCUGGGCACCCUCCGGCUACCUGGUGGCCAAGGUGGUG